AUGCACACACUUCCGCCGCAAAUGAGACGUUUGGUGAGUCUUCAGACGCUUGUGUUAAGCCAUAACCCGUUAGCGCACAACCAGUUAAGACACUUACCAUCGUUAACAUCACUCAAGUCAUUAAACCUUCGCAAUACUGAGCGCAACCUCCAGAAUAUGCCCCACUCUUUGGACGGUUUGGUUCAGUUAACAGAACUCGACUUAUCGUCCAAUAAUCUGCCGCGAAUUCCUGACUCCAUAUUUACGCUGAAGAGUCUAACGAGACUCAACAUAAGUGAUAACUGUUUGACACAAUUGUCGCAAACUAUAGACGAAGAGUGGCCGCAACUGGAAGUGCUGAACGUAUCGCGAAAUAAACUGAAUUCAUUGCCCAACGCUUUGUGCAAAUUAACGAAUUUAAGGCGCCUUUACGUCAACGAUAAUCAUCUGGACUUUGAGGGCAUUCCCGGAGGAAUCGGCAAACUAUACAACUUAGAGGUGUUUAUGGCCGCUAACAACAACUUAGAACUCAUACCCGAAGGAGUGGUCCGUUGCGGGAAACUUAAAAAGUUAAUUCUGGCCAACAAUCGGUUGAUUACAUUGCCGGACGCCAUACACCUGUUGACCGACUUAGCGGUGCUCGACCUGAACAACAAUCCGGACCUAAUUAUGCCUCCAAAGCCAUCAGAAUAUGCCAAACGUUUAGAGUUUUAUAACAUUGACUUUUCGCUUAACAAUCAGUUAAGACUCGCCGGCGCCCCCACUACUAGUGGGUUAGGCGCUACUGUCACGCCAAACAAAGACCCGAUUGCGAGGAAACUACGAUUAGUGCGAAGAGCGCGCGAGAAGACAACAAACUCGGAUUCGUCUAAAGUGUUGAAAGGAAUGACAGAUUUAGCCAAAGAGAAGGAUCGACUGAAAUGCGAUGCAAUGCUUAACGAACAGGACUUGAAGCCAAAGCGAUGGGACGAAGCGCUGGAGAAGCCGCCACUCGAUUACAGCGACUUCUUCGACGAAGACAUCGGACAACUGCCGGGUCUUACCAUUUGGGAGAUCGAGAACUUUGUGCCAAACCGUAUAGAAGAGGUUCUUCACGGGAAGUUCUAUGAGGGAGACUGUUAUAUAGUGCUGAAGACCACUGUCACCGACAGCCAGAGCCUCGAUUGGAAGAUAUUCUAUUGGAUCGGCUCUCAGGCGGCGCUCGACAAGAAGGCCUGUUCGGCCAUUCAUGCGGUGAAUUUGCGUAAUUAUUUGGGCGCCAACUGUCGCACAAUCAGAGAGGAGCAGACGGAAGAGAGCGACUCUUUUAUGGAGCUCUUCCCCGAACGCAUCAUUUACAUAGAGGGCGGACGCACUGCCAGCGGCUUCUUCACUGUGGAGGAAGUGGAAGUGGCCAAUAGGAUGUAUAGACUGCACGAACUCUCCAAUAGGCAACUCUUCAUGGAAACAGUUUUNUUCCCCGAACGCAUCAUUUACAUAGAGGGCGGACGCACUGCCAGCGGCUUCUUCACUGUGGAGGAAGUGGAAGUGGCCAAUAGGAUGUAUAGACUGCACGAACUCUCCAAUAGGCAACUCUUCAUGGAAACAGUUUUGUUGGAGUGUUCGUCAUUAGAUCCGCGGUAUAUAUUUCUCGUGGAUUCCGGAUAUAAGAUAUAUAUCUGGAAUGGAUUGAAGUCGAAGAAUACGAUGAAACAAAAGGCGCGACUAUUGGCCGAAAAGAUCAAUAAUGACGAGCGAAAGAACAAAACGGAACUUAUUUUCUGCACUCAGGCCUCAGAACCGCCCGAGUUUUGGACGGAUUUGAAUUCCGGGAAACCGCUCGAAGAGCUGCCGGAUAUUGUAGAACACGUUAACGCCGACGCUUUCAAACCAUACGAUCCCAUACUGUAUAGAGUGGACCUCGGAAUGGGUUAUCUAGAGUUACCACAAGUCGAGUAUAAGCCAAAAACAUUGACCCGAAAACAUUUUGAUACCAAAAAUGUUUAUAUUAUGGACUGUCGUUCCGAUGUCUUUGUUUGGUAA